GUGUGGUGUUCUAUCCGUUAAGUGAGUUUCUCUCUCGACAGAAAAAAACAGUGUUGAAGAGAAACAAUGCUGUCAUGGGUUCCUCAGCAGCGUUCGUCUUCAAUGCUCAAUUUUCAUUCUGAUAAAACGUCGUCGUCUUCCCUCUCUGCUUUCGCUUCUCAAUCCUUUCUUCCUACUGGUUCGCACAGGAAAUCGGCUUCACGAAAAAAUUACAAGCCCGUUGUAAUAAACUGCGUUCUUGCGAAAGUCAAGAAGCCGCAAUCGCCAACCCCGGAGAAUCUAAUCAAAGAAUCCCACAAAUACUUCGACGAAGUAAUCAUCACCGUUCGAGCAGGAGAUGGUGGCCACGGGGCGGUUCUCAGUUUGCCGAACCAAAAGGGCCCUUCUUCUAAGCCGAAAGGGAAAAUCGAAAAGGAGAAAGAAAGGAGAAAGGGUUUGUACAAGAGGGAUUUCGACGGCUCGCUUAUCCUUCCUGUGGGUGGACACGGGGGCAAUGUCGUAAUUUACGCGGACGAGAGCAAAGAUACCUUGUUGGAGUUUCAUCAGCAGAGUCGGUACAAUGCGAAACGAGGUGGAAAUGUCGACGCAAUGGGUGUUUUGUCUUCUCAGUUGCGUAAUGGGUUCGCUUCUCCCACGCUUCGUAUUCCGGUUCCUCUAGGAACGGUUGUGAAACUGAAAAGAGGGAAGCUUCUGGCGGAUUUAGCUCGGCAUGGUGAUGAAGUUGUUGUCGCAAGGGGUGGACAAGGAGGGAUUAGCUUGUUGGAAAUGCAGGAGCAUCAGAAGAAAAAAAUGAUGUCUUUAACCACUAACAUAAUGAGAGACGACAGCGACAAGGCUUUAGUGUUUGGUCAGGCUGGAGAAGAAGUGAGUCUGCAAUUGAUACUACGAGUUGUUGCAGACGUUGGUCUUGUUGGGCUCCCGAAUGCAGGAAAGUCAACCCUAUUAGCAGCUAUCACAAUGGCAAAACCCGAUAUAGCCGAUUAUCCGUUCACAACCCUAAUGCCUAACCUAGGACGCCUUAAUGGCGAUCCGAGCCUAGGCCCUGGCCAAUUUUCAUCCGAGGCUACGUUAGCCGAUUUGCCUGGCCUGAUUGAAGGUGCUCACCUCGGAAAGGGACUAGGUCGCAACUUUUUAAGGCAUUUGAGGAGGACAAGGUUGUUGGUGCAUGUUGUGGACGCAGCUGCAGAGGAUCCCGUGCGCGACUACAGGACAGUAAAAGAUGAAUUGAGGAUGUACAAUCCGGAUUACCUCGAAAGACCGUACAUUGUUGUUCUAAAUAAAAUCGAUGUUCCUAAGGCAAUGGAAAGGCUUCCGAAUUUAACCGAAGAAAUAUCGAGGAUUGGAAUUGAUAAGACAUCUUUGCCCUUGGUAAUAGAUGGGGACCAAACCGAUGUUCCGGAAGGGGAAAAGAAGGUUAAGGAAAUUGAAGAAUAUCCACGCCCUUUUGCUGUCGUGGGUGUUAGUGUCCUGAAAGGUAUAAGGAUCAAUGAAAUGUUGAAGGAGAUAAGGGCAGCUUUGCUGAGUUGUCGAGAUGGUAUUGGAUCGCACGAACUUUCUGGGUAAUCGCGCGAGCCUUAAAAAACACGGGAAUCGGGUUCUUAACCAUGAUUAAUACUAUCAACUGUUAUAACAGAAAAUCAGCCAUUGUUGCGUAAGUAAUGGUGAUCAAGUGAGACUUCUCUUCUAUAUACUUUUCCAUUUUUUUUAUUCUCAUAUUAAAUUUGUAGAUUUUAGAAAGGAACAUAAAUCGUUAGGACUUUAUUGUGACUGUCGGAAAUAUGUUUUUGUAAUGAUCUCUCUCUCUCUCUC